AUGAUAUGCCUGCAAAAGACAUUGGACAAGGCCUUUGAAUUGAGCAAAGUCUUUUUUGAUUUAUCGAGAGAGGACAAGACUCGAUACAAAAUUGGCGCCAACAACCACGGGUGCUCUGAGCUUUUCGGCCAAAAAUUGGAUCCUGAAAACCAGCGGGAAGGAGAUCACAAAGAAGGUUUUAAUCUGAGAGCAUUUGAAGGCGGGAAACCUUAUGCGCCAAUUCCUGCCGUAUUUCAGGAACACGCGGAAUUCCUUGAACGUUUAUCCAAGUGCUGCCACGCUGUUGCUAUGGAAAUCUUAAAAGCAUUUGCUAUCGCAUUACAGAUUCCAGCAGACCAAGGAGGCAAAGAUUUCUUUGUAAGCUCUCACAACUAUGAAGGCUCUGAAAAUGUGUUGGGUUUUCUCAAAUAUCCAAAAGGUGAUGAAUCCGAAUACAAGGAGCCUGUUCGAGCAGGUGCUCAUUCGGAUUAUGGACCUGUAACACUACUGUUUCAAAAAGAUGUUCCUGGAUUAGAGGCGCAAGCCAGUCGCACAGAAUGGAUAGCAGCCCCUCUGAUCCCUGGUGCUAUCACUGUGAAUGUAGGAGAUCAAAUAGAGUUCUGGACAAAUGGUCUUUUCAAAGUCUACCAUGCACAGAGUAAUGUCUCUACCAGAGCAUAA